GAGGCCGGAGCCGCGGAGCCGCCGCAGCGCCGGGGCCGGGCCGGGACCCCCCGGGACCCCCGGGACCCUCCCGCACCCGGCACCAGCCGGGAGCCUCCCGGUACCCCGCGGACACAGCGGCACCGGCAGCGCCGCAGCCCCCGGCCAUGGCUGGCGCGUAGCCCCUCCCCCACCGGACCGGACCCUCGGACACGCGGAGCCAGAGCCGGAAGGGAGCGAUGAUUGGCUGCCAGGCGAGAGGCGCGCUGUGAUUGGCCGGUUCCUGGAGAGCGUCGCGGGAUCGGUGUAUGCGGCAGUGAGGGAGGGGCCGCCCCCGCCCAGCAGCCGCCCCCUCCCCCCCCCCACGGGGGGGCCCCGGGGGGACCCAGCCCUCCCCCGGCCCACGAGUGGCCGAUGCAUCGCGCCGUGGAGCCCCUGGGGGGCCGGGCCGGACGGGACCCCUUCGCCGUGGGGAGCCUGGGCUGCGGCGGGGGCUGGGCCGGCUGCCCCCCCGGGCCUGGCUGCCCCCCCCCAGGUGCUCCUCCAGCCUCGGGCCGGCGCCGCUGCCCCCCCACCUCGCGCCCCCCCCCCAGCGGAAAUGGGGGCCCGCCCCUCCACCCCACAAGGCCUUCUACCCCCCGGGAUCCCCACUCUGGGGGUCCCUAUGGGGCUGAGCCCCCCCAAAUCCCCACUUGGAGCCCCUCCAGGGCUGUGUCCGGGCGCUGCAGCCCUGGGAGCCCCCCGGGCCCGAGACCCACCCCCCCCGAGCUGGAGGAGCCCCCGAGCUGCCACCACGGGCGUCACCGCGGCCACCGGCACGGAGGGGACAUCGGCCACCGCCACGGGGGGGACGUCGGCCACCGCGGGGACGUCAUCGGGGGCCACCGAGGGGACGUCAUCGGUGGUCACCGAGGGGACAUCGCCGCCCGCAUCGGGCGCCUGCAGCAGGCCCAGCUCUGGAGUUUCCCCCCCGGGCCCCGUGUCCCCCCCCGGGCCCGGGCGCUGCCCCCCCUCCAGCAGGUCUGGAGCCUGCUGCACCCCGAGGAGCAGCGCCUGGUGGCCCCCCCGUUCCCGCCGCCCCCCCCGCCGCCCCCCCGCCCCUCCCCCGCCGGCCCCCCGGGCCCCCUCCCAAGUGACCUUAGGGCCAGCGGGGGCCGGGGGGCCCCCCCUGCCCCCCCCAGCCGCUCACCAGCACCCACCGCCUGCGUGCCUUGUGCCCCCCCCCGGGCACCCCCCCGGCCCCCCCGCCACCAGCACCCGCCCCCCCCGCGGCCCCCCUCCCCCACCCUUACCCCCCCCCUCCCCCACCCUCCUCCGACCCCCCCGGGGGUCCCCCCCCGCCUCUUCGAUUUCGGGGCCCCCCCCUUGGACGAUCAAUUCGAGGAACCCCCCGAAUUUGCCAAAAUCUUGCCCGACGGCCUGGCCAACAUCAUGAAGAUGCUGGACGAGUCCAUCCGGCAGGAGGAGGAUGAGGGGGGGGUCACCCCUCCCCCACCCCCACCCACGCCCCCCAACCCCCCCCCAACUCGCUACCUCACCCCCGGGCUGGGGUCCCCCCCAGCCCCCCGGGCCGUGUCCCCCGCCCCGGGCCCCCGCAGCGAGUCGGAGGCGCUGGAGGAGAUCAGCGGGGCCUGCGAGACCCUGGCCGAGCAAGCCGGCCGGCCCAGCCCCCCCUCGCCGGACACCCCCCCCCCGCCGCCCCCUCCCCACAAACAGCAGCUCGGGGGUCGCCGUCACCGCCGGCCCCCCCCUUCCCGCCACCACCACCACCACCACCACCACCACCACCACCACCACCGCGACCUCCGCCGGGGCCCCCCCGGCGCCGCCACCCCCCGCAAAGAGGAGCGGGAGCGGCAACAGCAGCAGCAGCAGCAGCAACGAGGGGUGGGGGGCGAGCGGCCAGUGCUGGCCACGCUGGACCUGCAGAGCUCCGGCGUGCAGGAGAAAGGGGGGCCCCCCCCAGCCUCGGCCGAUCUCCUCAAGCUGCGCUCGUUGGGCGAGGGGCCCCCCAAAGAGCUCAAGAUUCGCCUGAUCAAGGUGGAGAGCGGCGGUGCCGAUGCUUUUGUGGCCUCGGAAGUCGGGGAGCCGCGGGGGUUGCCCCUGGGCCAGCUGACGAUCCGGCACGCGGCGGCCGAGGUGGUGCGGGCCAGCAAGCAGGCGCGGCUGAAGGGGCCGUUCCGCGAGUCCUACCUGUGCCCCGCGCAGUCGGUGAAGCCCCAGAUCGACGCGGAGCAGCUCCCGCGGGACAAACUCAACCCCCCCACGCCCAGCAUCUACCUGGAGAGCAAACGCGACGCCUUCUCGCCCGUCCUGCUGCAGUUCUGCACCGACCCCAAGAACCCCAUCACCGUCAUCCGCGGGCUGGCGGGGUCCCUGCGCCUCAGUGAACCUGGGCUGUUCAGCACCAAGACCCUGGUGGAGGCCAGCGGCGAGCACGCGGUCGAGGUGCGCACGCAGGUGCAGCAGCCCUCGGACCAGAACUGGGACCUGUCGGGGACGCGCCAGGUGUGGCCCUGCGAGAGCAGCCGCUCGCACACCACCAUCGCCAAGUACGCCCAGUACCAGGCGUCCUCCUUCCAGGAGUCCCUGCAGGAGGACAAGGACAGCGAGGAUGAGGAGGCCGAGGAGCCCGACAGCACCACCGAGACCCCGCCCAGCCCCCCCGACCAGAAAUCCCACCAGAUCAUCAAGUUCGGGACCAACAUCGACCUCUCGGACGCCAAGAGGUGGAAGCCGCAGCUGCAGGAGCUGCUGAAGCUGCCGGCGUUCAUGCGCGUGUCCUCCACCGGGAACAUGCUGAGCCACGUGGGCCACACCAUCCUGGGCAUGAACACCGUGCAGCUCUACAUGAAAGUGCCCGGCAGCCGCACCCCCGGCCACCAGGAGAACAACAACUUCUGCUCGGUGAACAUCAACAUCGGCCCCGGCGACUGCGAGUGGUUCGCGGUGCACGAGCACUACUGGGAGACCAUCUCCGCCUUCUGCGACAGGCACGGCGUGGACUACCUGACGGGCUCGUGGUGGCCCAUCCUGGAGGACCUGUACCGCUCCAACAUCCCGGUGUACCGCUUCGUGCAGCGCCCCGGCGACCUGGUGUGGAUCAACGCCGGCACCGUGCACUGGGUGCAGGCCACGGGCUGGUGCAACAACAUCGCCUGGAACGUGGGGCCGCUCACUGCGUACCAGUACCAGCUGGCCCUGGAGCGCUACGAGUGGAACGAGGUGAAGAACGUCAAAUCCAUCGUGCCCAUGAUCCACGUGUCCUGGAACGUGGCCAGGACCGUCAAGAUCAGCGACCCCGACCUCUACAAGAUGAUCAAGUACUGCCUGCUGCAGUCCAUCAAGCACUGCCAGGUGCAGCGCGAGAGCCUCGUGCGCGCGGGGAAGAAAAUCGCCUACCAGGGCCGCGUCAAGGACGAGCCGGCCUACUACUGCAACGAGUGCGACGUGGAGGUGUUCAACAUCCUGUUCGUGACGAGCGAGACGGGCGGGCGCAACACGUACCUGGUGCACUGCGAGGGCUGCGCGCGGCGCCGCGGGGGCGGCCUGGGCGGCGUCAUCGUCCUCGAGCAGUACAAGACCGAGGAGCUGAUGCAGAUCUACGAUGGCUUCACCCUGGUGACGCCGCCGACCCCCAGAUGAGCCCCCGGCGGGGGAGGGGAACACAGGGGGGGGACCGGGGGGGCCCCCCCACCCCACCCCUCCCCCCAUGAACACUUUUUAUUUAUUCACGGAGAAAUCGCCCCAAAAAUCGUCUGGACGGACAGGCCGCCCCUCCCCCGCCGCGGGGGGUGGGGGAGGAAGGGGUUUUUUGGGUGGAAAAACUCCGCUUUUAUACAAAAAUACCGAUUUAUAGGAAUUUACAAAGCCCCUCCCCCCCGCGGUGGGGGGUGGGGGGGGUCUUUCUGCUCCCCCUCCCCCACCCCCACCCCAAAAUUUUUGGGGGCCCGUGUAACUCAGUGGGGGGAGGGGAGGCUCCCCUCGAGCCCCUCCCCCCUCAUUUUGGGGGAGUCUGUGCCCCUCCCCCAACACAAAGGGGGUGCCCUAGGGGGGUCCCCGCCUCUCCCCCAGCAUUAGAAGGGGGUGGGGGAUGGGGGGAGGGGCACUUUUUUUGGGGGGGGUCCGACCCCUUGCCAAGAUUCAACCAAAAACUCGCCCCCCACCCCCAAAACCAGCCGCCCCUCCCCCCCUAUACGGGUCCG